AUGAGCGAGCAACCAUCCCUCCUCACCCCAUCCGAUGGGCCACACAACCUUCUCACGCCUUCUGCCCUUACCCCCAACACGCGGACGGAAGCUGAAGCGGCCCUGACACUCAACAGCAUCAACCAGACAGAUGCUGCUGGCCCUGAUCCCGCAUUGCUAGAGGAUGGCACUUCAGAGGCUCAGAAAGCAUACCGCCGACCAGGUGUACCCAGAACGAGCUCAUUCAACUACCAGGACGCUCUGAGGAGAGCACAGCAGGCCUCAGUAUCCUCGAAUAUGUCGGCCGACUCAGAGGCGUCGGGGAACACUGCCGAAGAAACGGUAGCCUCACCUGCGUCAUCAGCAACUCCUUUCCCGCCACCGGGUCAAGGUGUUGUCCCGCUCAACUACGGUGCGGUCGGAGCAUCAAGAAGCGACUCGGUAAGGAAAACGAGAUCUAGGGGACUCAGCCUGAGUGGGCUUGCACAACAACAGGGUUGGAGUGAGCAGGACUACAAGCGGGUAUACACUUCUGACCUCGUUGCCAAGCCAAAAGAGAGUGCAGGUUACCGUUCGGAAGCCGCCCCCAAAUCGAAUGAACCAUAG